AUGUCAUGUGGGGUCAUACGUGUGCGCGGUGUCCAUACAUUCCUGCGCUGUAAGGUCAGACAAGAUAAAGAACAAGAUAAAGAACAAGAUAAAGAACAAGAUAAAGAACAAGAUGAAGAACAAGAUGAAGAACAAGAUGAAGAACAAGAUAAAGAACAAGAUAAAGAACAAGAUAAAGAACAAGAUAAAGAACAAGAUAAAGAACAAGAUAAAGAACAAGAUAAAGAACAAGAUAAAGAACAAGAUAAAGAACAAGAUAGAGAACAAGAUAGAGAACAAGAUAAAGAACAAGAUAAAGAACAAGAUAAAGAACAAGAUAAAGAACAAGAUAAAGAACAAGAUAAAGAACAAGAUAAAGAACAAGAUAAAGAACAAGAUAAAGAACAAGAUAAAGAACAAGAUAAAGAACAAGGUUGUGUGCGGUAUUUCAUCUCCAUCCUCACCUCCACCCUCACCUCCAUCCUCACCUCCAUCCUCACCUCCACCCUCACCUCCACCCUCAACUCCAUCCUCACCUCCAUCCUCACCUCCACCCUCACCUCCACCCUCAACUCCAUCCUCACCUCCAUCCUCACCUCCACCCUCACCUCCACCCUCACCUCCACCCUCAACUCCAUCCUCACCUCCAUCCUCACCUCCACCCUCACCUCCACCCUCACCUCCACCCUCAACUCCAUCCUCAUCUCUACCCUCAACUCCAUCCUCACCUCCACCCUCACCUCCACCCUCACCUCCACCCUCUCCUCCAUCCUCACCUCCAUCCUCACCUCCACCCUCAACUCCAUCCUCAUCUCCAUCCUCAUCUCCACCCUCACCUCCAUCCUCACCUCCACCCUCACCUCCAUCCUCACCUCCAUCCUCACCUCCACCCUCACCUCCAUCCUCACCUCCAUCAUCACCUCCAUCCUCACCUCCACCCUCACCUCCACCCUCACCUCCACCCUCACCUCCACCCUCACCUCCACCCUCACCUCCACCCUCAACUCCAUCCUCACCUCCAUCCUCAUCUCCAUCCUCACCUCCAUCCUCACCUCCAUCCUCAUCUCCACCCUCAACUCCAUCCUCAUCUCUACCCUCAUCUCCAUCCUCAUCUCCACCCUCACCUCCAUCCUCACCUCCACCCUCAACUCCAUCCUCAUCUCUACCCUCAUCUCCAUCCUCAUCUCCACCCUCACCUCCACCCUCACCUCCAUCCUCACCUCCAACCUCACUUCCACCCUCAUCUCCACCCUCACCUCCACCCUCACCUCCACCCUCACCUCCAUCCUCACCUCCAUCCUCACCUCCACCCUCAUCUCCACCCUCACCUCCAUCCUCACCUCCACCCUCACCUCCAUCCUCACCUCCACCCUCACCUCCACCCUCACCUCCACCCUCACCUCCAUCCUCAUCUCCACCCUCAACUCCAUCCUCAUCUCUACCCUCAUCUCCACCCUCAUCUCCACCCUCACCUCCAUCCUCACCUCCAUCCUCACCUCCACCCUCACCUCCACCCUCACUUCCACCCUCAUCUCCACCCUCACCUCCACCCUCACCUCCAUCCUCACCUCCAUCCUCACCUCCAUCCUCACCUCCACCCUCAUCUCCAUCCUCACCUCCACCCUCACCUCCACCCUCACCUCCACCCUCACCUCCACCCUCACCUCCAUCCACACCUCCAUCUUCAUCUCCAUCCUCAUCUCCAUCCCCACCUCCACCCUCAUCUCCAUCCUCAUCUCCAUCUUCAUCUCCAUCCUCACCUCCACCCUCAUCUCCAUCCUCAUCUCCAUCCACACUUCCAUCCUCACCUCCAUCCUCACGUCCAUCCUCACCUCCAUCCUCACCUCCACCCUCACCUCCACCCUCACCUCCACCCUCACCUCCACCCUCAACUCCAUCCUCAUCUCCACCCUCAUCUCCACCCUCAUCUCCACCCUCACCUCCACCCUCACCUCCAUCCUCACCUCCAUCCUCACCUCCACCCUCAACUCCACCCUCAUCUCUACCCUCAUCUCCAUCCUCAUCUCCACCCUCACCUCCACCCUCACCUCCACCCUCACCUCCACCCUCACCUCCACCCUCACCUCCACUCUCACCUCCAUCCUCACCUCCACCCUCACCUCCACCCUCACCUCCACCCUCACCUCCACCCUCAUCUCCAUCCACACCUCCAUCCACACCUCCAUCCUCAUCUCCAUCCCCACCUCCACCCUCACCUCCACCCUCACCUCCACCCUCACCUCCAUUCUCACCUCCAUCCUCACCUCCACCCUCACCUCCACCCUCACCUCCACCCUCACCUCCACCCUCACCUCCACCCUCACCUCCAUCCACACCUCCAUCCUCACCUCCACCCUCACCUCCACCUUCACCUCCACCCUCACCUCCACCCUCAUCUCCACUCUCACCUCCAUCCUCACCUCCAUCCUCACCUCCACCCUCACCUCCACCCUCAUCUCCACCCUUAUCUCCACCCUCAUCUCCACCCUCACCUCCACCCUCACCUCCACCCUCACCUCCACCCUCACCUCCAUCAUCCUCACCUCCAUCCUCACCUCCAUCCUCAUCUCCAUCCUCACCUCCAUCCUCAUCUCCAUCCUCAUCUCCAUCCUCACCUCCAUCCUCACCUCCAUCCUCACCUCCAUCCUCACCUCCAUCCUCACCUCCACCCUCACCUCCACCCUCACCUCCACCCUCAUCUCCAUCCUCAUCUCCAUCCUCAUCUCCAUCCUCAUCUCCAUCCUCAUCUCCACCCUCACCUCCACCCUCACCUCUCUCCAUCUACAGGUGCCAUAA